AUGGCAUCCGGUUUAGAAAGUUAUGUCAAUCACACCGUUUCGAUAAUUACAUCGGAUGGAAGAAAUUUUGUAGGAACUCUAAGAGGAUUUGAUCAAACGAUUAAUUUAAUAUUAGAUGAAAGCCAUGAAAGAGUUUACAGUCAGACGCAGGGAAUAGAACAAGUUGUUUUAGGUUUACACAUAAUUAGAGGAGAUAAUGUGGCUGUCAUAGGAGAAAUGGAUGAUGAAAUAGAUUCUAGAUUGGAUAUGAAUUCAAUAAGAGCAGAUCCACUCGGUUCAGUUGUACAUUAA